AUGUCUUACAUUUUUGGCACACACGGUCUUUGGCUUGACUGUGCGCGUGCCGAGCGCUAUCUGGCCGCUGUUGGACGAGAGUUUGGUGGUGGACAAGCACUUCAUUGCACUUACAAAUUCGAUCAGUCCGCGAGUCAGGUUAUUGACGAAAAUAUCGAAGACAUUGACCAAAACAGUGCUGCAGGUGAAAGCGAACACCACCAUUUCUUUGGCUGGCACAAAGCUGUCCUUGGUUGCCUUAUCGUAUCGUUACUUUUUUCCUCCUUAGCUCUUUGCUGUGGUUUAUGUGCCCCAUGUAAUGGCGGCUGCGCUGUGAUAUUCACGAUAUUUGUAUUUCUGGCAUGUAAGUCUUUAAUUCGCGUUUCUAACCCUCAAAAAUUGGCUUCGCGCUCUACUUUUACCAAAAUGUUUCUUUUGUAUUCAGUAUUUAUGGCCACAUUGAUCAGAACAGUGCCGCAGGUGAAAGUGAACACCACCAUUUCUUUGGUAGGAAGAUUUUAUCAACUUUUACUAACAAUACAUAGCUGGCACAAAGCUGUGCUUGGUUGCCUUAUCGUAUCGUUACUUUUCUCCUCAUUGGCUCUUUGCUGUGGUUUAUGCGCUCCGUGUAAUGGCGGCUGUGCUGUGAUAUUCACAAUAUUUGUAUUUUUGGCAUGUAAGUCUUUAAUUCGCGUUUCUAACCUUCAAAAAUUGGCUUCGCGCUCUAGUUUUACCAAAAUGUUUCUUUUGUGUUCAGUAUUUAUGGCAGUUAUUGGCGACGGGAUUUUCUUCUUCGCCGCGCAUCGCGUGGAUAAUAGAUUCGUUCAAGGACUCGUUGGAACGUACGAGGUUAGUACAAUUCUGAGAUUGUUCCUAAUAAUCAUUUUGGGACAUAUGAGUGCUAAUUUUGUUGCUAAUUACUUUACAGUACCUUUCUGGAGUAUUGUUUGAUC